CCGGGAAGCCAGUUCCUAGAAGGGAGCAGCCUUCUCCAGGCCAGAGCCGGGACAGUCACCGUGACGAGGCAUUUCACGGCCGCGGUGCCUGCAGGCGGGACCCUGGUCUGAGAGUCGGGGGCUUGGGAACGCGGCCGGUGUAAAGUCAAAAAGUAGCUGUGGUGAAAGGCUUAAAGAUGACCUACUGCCAUGUAGUGGUCCACUGAGGAACCUCAACAUGUCCAGGAAAGAAGGGACCUGGCAGUGAAAGAGAAGACAGAUUAUUCUCCAUUAAAUGUUGUGAAGUGCAUCUCCUAAAGGAAAACUCCAGCAUGGAUGAUAACAUGAGCGUGAGCUUUCGUAAGCAGCUUCUAAUGAUCAAUGAACAUCUGGGAACUGAAGAAGUGGAGGCCCUGAAAUUUCUCUGUAGCGAUUUGCUCUCCUUCAGACAACUAGAAGCUGUAAAAUCAGCUCAGGACAUUUUCCAGUUCCUUAUGACUAAGGAUUUUCUGAAUAAGAAAGAUACUUUUAUUCUAGCUGAGCUCCUGUACAGGAUUAGGUAUCAUUCCUUGCUCCAGGAUCUUGGCUACACCAAGGAGGAAGUACGAGAAAAUCUAUGCCACAAAGGGAAGGUGUCUAAUUACAGGCAGAUGCUGUAUGAACUGUCAGAGGACAUCACCAGAGAGGAUUUACAAAGAGCCAUGUUUCUCUUGAGGGAUAAGCUCCCAAAGAAGCUGACAAGUAUGCAGUCCUGUCUAGAGCUGCUGACGUUCCUGGAGAAACAAGCCCUUUUAGCAGAGAACAACCUGCAAACUCUGGAGAAAAUUUGUGAGGACAUUUCACCUGAUCUCCUGGCAAUCAUAAACAAAUACAAAAUGGAAAGAGUUUCUGUGCAGGAAAGCAGUCUGUCAGCUAAUGCAGCUGCAUCAUUUUCCCAUCACUGCCUUGGACAGUUUCAUUCUGGAGGUGAUGUUGGGCUAUUGAUUUCCUCACAGGAGACCCCUGUCAAAUCUCUGGGUUCUAAAAUUUAUGAGUCUUAUAGUUCAGAGUCUGGGAGUCUGCGGGAACAUGUUGAGAGUGUGCAUUUCAUAGCUGCCAGACAAGAUGACAAAGCAGUAAAUGUUACACAUGGCAUCUCUGAACUGAGAGAAGCACAACCUGCCAGGACCAGUGACCCAGAAAACAAAAUCGAGAAGCCAAUAAUCUAUAAAAUGGAUGGGCCACACAGAGGUUAUUGCCUCAUUAUUAAUAAUUCAAACUUUAUUGGGACUCUUCAGGAGAGGAGAGGAUCUUGUAAAGAUGCUGAGUCCCUAGCACGAGUGUUUACGUGGCUUGGUCUGGAUGUGAAGACUUAUCCUGAUCAGACAUCAGUAGAGAUAGAAAAUCUCAUGCAAGAAUGGCGGACUUGGAACGAUCACAGAGACAGGGACUGCUUUGUAUGCUGCAUUCUGUCUCACGGAGAGUCAGGAUCCAUCUAUGGAGCAGAUGAGCAAGAAGUACCAAUCCGCAGGAUCAUGUCCUACUUCACGGCCAGGCAAUGCCCACAGCUGGCUGAAAAACCCAAGCUCUUUUUUAUUCAGGCAUGUCAAGGCAAAGAGAUACAACAGGCAGUCUACAUUGAAGCAGAUGCACAGAAUCCUGAUUUGCUUCCCAUACAGCAGCGAGUCUCCCCUUCCGAAAGCAUUCCGGAAGAAGCCGAUUUCCUCCUUGGCAUGGCCACGGUGGAUGGUUAUGCAUCGUUCCGCCACAUACAGCAGGGUACUUGGUACAUUCAAGCCCUUUGCAACAAGUUACAGCUCUUGGUCCCAAGAGGUGAAGACAUCUUGUCAAUUCUUACUGAAGUCAAUGAAGAUGUGAGCAAACGUGCCGACAACUUGGGGAGAAAGAAACAGAUGCCUCAACCAGCCUACACCUUGAGGAAGAAACUGAUAUUCCCAGUGCCUAGAAAUCCACCCCCAUUACAGCAGCAAUAGGAUUUUUUUUUCUUUUCAUUCAUAAUUUCAUCAUGCAUUGGACACAUACAUGAUGUGGUAGAUGGCUGAACACAAACGAGCUGCUGAUUAUCUUUUGUCUGUCAGGUGGAGAGUCUGAUGCUGCUGUGGAUCCCAUAGGUUUUGAUUAGCUUUGUUUUUAAACACAAAGGGCUACAGGUAUUAAUUUCACCGCUAUUAAUAAACACCACCACAAAUGUGGGCAUGUGAGAAAUGGGUGAGAGUUACACUGGAACAAAAUUAAUGUCUUUGGGGUAAGAGUGACUAUAUCCUCUAUUCCAGUGUGAGCAGACUAAAGUCUGUGUAAAUGUCCUGCAAGGUGGAUGUCCUGUGAGAUGAGAAGUGGAAUUCAAUGUAUAAUAAAAUCUUCAGUGGUGCAUCUCUGA